ACCCGUCCAGCUAGCUGUCGACGGAGGCCGACAGAUAACCAAAGGACUUGACUUGACUCGGAGCAAUUAGGUCAAACCCUCUAUUAUCCACCGAUACUCCUGAAUUACUCCUACCAACACAACGCGGUGUGUGUGUGUGUGUGCGCAUGAUGCGCGUCUGAGGGAGGAGGAGGAGGAGGAGGCUGCGGUCUGAAACUACAUGUUAUCCUGGAAUAUAUAUCGAAACCAACGUGGUGUCGUCCCCACCAGGAGGCUGUGCUUUGCUUUAACAUGUUCCUGUAUGUCCCAGACAGCCUCUGCCCAUCGGCGGUCUAAGGGGGGGGGGGGAGGUUGAUCCGUUAUCUGCCUCCCGACGGUCAGUGGUUUUCCUCCAGGUAUGGAGUGUGAAGAUGCGGAUUACAGAGGAGUCCCUGCCGCUAGUUUAACCGCAUUAGUUGCAUUGUGCAGGAAUAAAACAGAACUAUGAAUACAUUUGUAGCCAGAGGAAUACGUUGGUGAUUUUGGAGCAGAAUUGGACUUCCAUUAGGAAACGAGAGAAAGCUACCCUGCUAGCCUAUUAGCUCCAUUAGCUGGCUAACUGCUAAAAGGGGCUGACUGGAGAUUUAAAAGCGUUUCAAUAAUUCUGAGCAGGGUUUGCCCAAGUUUCCUCCCCUCUAGCUACAUUUCUUUACAGGAUUUGGGAGGAUUUACACAUCCAGGAAUGAGGUCUGGAACGCAAUGGAGCCGCUUGACCUUGUUUUGGGGUCUGAUGCUGGGUCUGUCGUCCUGCCUCCGGCCCGCCACCGCAGAGGUCUGUGGUCCCAGCAUCGACAUUGGGAACGACAUUACUGAAUUCCGGCGUCUAGAGAACUGCACCGUGGUGGAGGGCUACUUGCAGAUCCUCUUGAUCGGUGACAAAAACAGCAACAACAUCAACCAGGAAGUCUUCCGCUCCCUCAGCUUCCCCAAGCUGACGGUGAUCACAGACUACCUGCUGCUGUUCCGAGUGUCCGGCCUGGACAGUCUGAGCACGCUCUUUCCCAACCUCACCGUCAUACGCGGCCGCAACCUCUUCUACAACUACGCCCUCGUGAUCUUCGAGAUGACCAGCCUUAAGGACAUUGGGCUGUACAACCUGAGAAACAUCACCCGUGGUGCCAUCCGCAUUGAGAAGAACCCCGAGCUCUGCUACUUGGACUCCGUAGACUGGUCCCUCAUCCUCGAUGCAGAGUUCAACAACUACAUCGCUGGCAACAAGCAGUCCAAGGAGUGCAGCGACGUUUGUCCAGGCAUCAUGGAGAACAACCCUCAGUGCAGAAAGACCAUGUUCAACGACAACUACAACUACCGCUGCUGGAACUCCAAUCACUGCCAGAAAGAAUGCCCAGAGAAGUGCGUACGGCGAGUGUGCACUGCGGACGGCGAGUGCUGCCACCCUCAGUGUCUGGGAAGCUGCACACUUCCUGGUAGUGACACAGCAUGUGCAGCUUGUGUGCACUACUACCACCAAGGACGCUGCGUGGCCGACUGCCCUCCCGGCACCUACAAGUUUGAGGGCUGGAGAUGCAUCAGUGCCGAGCUUUGCUCCAAAGUCCACCUCCCCGACUUCAACAGCUUUGUCAUCCACGGCGGAGAGUGCAUGUCUGAAUGCCCACAUGGGUACACACAGACCAAACCCAACAGUAUGUUCUGUACAGCCUGUGAUGGUCUGUGUGAUAAAGUAUGUGAGGAGAAGGUCAUCGACUCCAUGGAUGCCGCUCAGUCUCUCAAAGGCUGCACUGUUAUCAAAGGCAACCUGCAUAUCACCAUCCGCAGAGGCCACAACAUGGUGGCGGAGCUGGAGAGUUUCACAGGUUUGAUCCAGAGGGUGACCGGUAAUGUGCGGAUCAGACAUUCCCACACUCUGACCUCCCUGGCCUUUCUCCGCAGCCUCAGAUACAUCGACGGAGAAGAGCUACAGGACGACGUGUAUGCCUUCUUGGCAGUUGACAACCAGCAGCUCCAGUAUCUUUGGGACUGGAAGCAGCAUAACCUCACCAUCAAGGCAGGAAAGCUGUUCUUCAGAGCCAACCCAAAGCUCUGCAUGUCCGAGAUCCGUAAAAUGUGGGAGAAGACGGCCAUCCAGGGCCGUUUCGAUGAGAGCGAUUUCCAAAACAACGGCGACAGAGCCAGCUGUGAAAGUACAAUCCUGACAUUCAAGUCCAACAGCACCAGCAGUACGAGGAUCAAACUGACCUGGCAGCGCUACCGCCCCCCUGACUACAGAGACCUCAUCAGCUUUAUCGUGUACUACAAGGAGGCGCCGUACCAGAACAUCACAGUGUACGAUGGGCAGGACGGCUGUGGCUCCAACAGCUGGACUAUGGUGGAUGUGGAGCUGAGGCCAGACAAGGACUCAGACCCCGGAGUCCUGCUGUCCAGCCUCAAACCCUGGACGCAGUACGCUGUCUUUGUAAAGGCCAUCACACUCAUGGUGGAAGACAAACAUUUGCCGAGUGCCAAGAGCCAGGUGGUCUACAUCCGCACAAGCCCUUCAGCGCCCUCCAUGCCUCAGGAUGUGCGAGCGUACUCUAACUCAUCUACACAGCUGGUGGUGCGUUGGUCGCCCCCUAUCUCACCAAAUGGAAACCAAACUUACUACCUGGUCCGAUGGCAGCAACAAGCUGAGGACCGAGAGCUGUAUCAGCACAAUUACUGCUCUAAAGAGCUGAAGAUCCCCAUAAGGAUUGCUGCCAUGGGUGUGGGAGACCAGGAAGAAGACACCAAGCCCACUAAGCCAGAUGCCGAUGGUCCAGACAAAGGCCCCUGUUGCCCCUGCCCCAAAUCAGUUGAGGUCCUGGAGGCCGAAGCUGCUGACGCCUCCUACAGAAAAGUCUUUGAGAACUUCCUGCACAACUCCAUUUUUACACCAAGGCCACCAGACCGUCGCCGUAGAGAUCUCUUUGGCAUAGCCAACUCCACCCACCCCCGCCACAACCGGCUGCACACCAACAGCAGCUCCAUCCCUCCUGUCCAAGCCACUGGUAACAGCAGCACCGCAGACUUGGAGCCAGCCGACAAAGAGUACGAGUUUGUGGAGCAAGCAGUGACGGAGCGUGAGCUGCAGAUCUCUGGCCUGCAGCCAUUCACAGUUUACCGCAUCGACAUUCACGCCUGCAAUCGACAGGUCCAGCGCUGCAGCGCCGCAGAGUUUGUCUUCUCCAGAACCAAGCCUGCAGAAAAGGCUGAUGACAUACCUGGCCAUGUGACCUGGGAGGGCCAUGAGGACUGGGUAUUUCUGCGCUGGCCAGAGCCUCUCCACCCCAACGGACUCAUCCUCAUGUAUGAGAUCAAAUUCAAACUGGCUGCUGAGAACGAGAAGCACGAAUGUGUCUCGGGCCAGAUGUAUCAGGCCCAGCGUGGCGUUCGGCUGUCCAACCUUAGUCCAGGGAACUAUUCAGUCAGAGUGAGAGCCACAUCACUGGCUGGCAACGGCUCCUGGACACCCCCUCUGGACUUCUAUGUGGCUGAACGAUAUGAAAACGUCUUCUACGCAAUGAUCUUUGUUCCUAUCGCCAUCAUCCUCGUCAUCUGCCUUUUUGUCUCAAUGCUGGUGGUCCUCAGCAGGAAAAGGAACAGUGAUCGGCUUGGAAAUGGAGUCCUGUACGCUUCAGUCAACCCAGAGUACUUCAGCGCUGCAGAAAUGUAUGUACCAGAUGAAUGGGAGGUGGCACGGGAGAAGAUCGCCCUGAGUCGUGAGCUCGGCCAGGGGUCCUUUGGCAUGGUGUACGAGGGCUUGGCAAAGGGCGUGGUAAAAGAUGAGCCAGAGACACACGUCGCCAUUAAGACUGUCAACGAGUCGGCCAGCAUGAGGGAGAGAAUAGAGUUUCUCAAUGAAGCCUCUGUCAUGAAGGAGUUCAACUGUCACCACGUGGUUCGUCUCCUGGGAGUGGUUUCUCAGGGCCAACCCACCCUGGUCAUCAUGGAGCUGAUGACGCGAGGGGACCUGAAGAGUUACUUACGCUCCCUGCGACCUAAAGAGCAACAGUGGUCGAGCCUGUCUCUCCCUCCUCUGAAGAAGAUGCUUCAGAUGGCCGGGCAGAUCGCUGACGGCAUGGCUUACCUCAACGCCAACAAGUUCGUCCACAGAGAUCUGGCAGCCAGGAACUGCAUGGUGGCCGAGGAUUUCACUGUUAAGAUAGGAGACUUUGGCAUGACCAGAGACAUCUAUGAGACGGACUACUACCGUAAAGGUGGUAAGGGUUUGCUCCCAGUCCGCUGGAUGUCGCCUGAGUCCCUCAAGGACGGAGUCUUCACCACCACCUCGGAUGUCUGGUCUUUCGGGGUUGUACUGUGGGAAAUUGCCACCCUGGCAGAACAGCCCUACCAAGGUCUGUCCAAUGAGCAGGUGCUCCGCUUCGUCAUGGAGGGGGGGCUGCUGGAGAAACCACAGAACUGUCCUGACAUGCUGUUCGAGCUGAUGCGAAUGUGUUGGCAGUACAACCCUAAGAUGCGUCCUUCCUUUCUGGAGAUCAUCAGCAGCCUGAAGGACGAGCUGGACCCGUCUUUCAGAGAGUCGAGUUUCUUCUACAGCACCGAUAACAAGCCGCCCGAUGCUCCGCAGCUCCACCUGGACAAUAUGGAUGAGAUUCCUCUGGAGCCCCCUUCUUCCACACAGUCACAGCAACCCCCAGUCCCCCAACAGACCCCACCCUCCCCUAGCUCAGAGGCUCCGCCGGCCCCCUUUAGCCCCAGCUCCCCCUCUCCCUGUACGUCGACUGCUGCUAUGGACAAGCAGCCCUCCGGCCAGCAGGCAACCAACGGGCUGUCAGGGGCGGGGCUUGCAGCAGGGUCAGGGGCGGGACGGCCAUCUCUGGACGAACUGCCGCCGUACGCACACAUGAACGGAGGGCGCAAAAACGAACGUGCCAUGCCCCUCCCGCAGUCAUCUGCUUGCUGAUUGGACAGUGACACCCCACCAGACUGCAACCCCUGCCACCUUUUUUUCUGCAGAACCUGAUGUCUCAGUUGGUCUUUUUUAUUUUCUUCUUAUUGUUUUUUUUAAUCACAUACAGUAAAACCAUGUCCACCUAGGUGUGGCUACUCAGUGCGGAGCGAAGACUCACAGGGACGUGGAGAAAGCUGUCACUAGGUCACCAUGUUCUGCUGUACCUCGACAAACCCUUUUCAUGUUGUAGUUUCGGUUUCUACCAGCUGGCUGCCACGUGGGACGCUGCCUGGCUGCUGAGUGGGAGGACCAGUAAGACAUCAUUUGGUGGAGAUCUCUCGCUCUCUUGCUCUCUUUAUGGCUGAACUUAUUUUACAAAUUGUUGUUUGUUACUUUUGUAUAAAAAAUUUCAAAUGGGGGGGAAAACAAAAUGUGUAGGCCUUUUACAAAUGACCACUGUCGUGUAGAAAAUGUGUAUCUAGUGAAGAAGCACUUCAGAGAGGUCAGCAGUAGUCCUGUUGCUCUGCAGGCUGGGUGGCAACAGCCAAUCCACUGGAACUAACAACCGGAGGGAGAAAGGUCAAAUCUGCCAAAAUUGUUGCCAAAAUUGUACUUUUUGUCAAAUUCUCUUUACUGCAGUAUUGCCCUGUAAUGCUCCAACACACCGGAUUGAAAGCACUUUGUAUUGCUACCACAUCAUUCUUAAAAUCUGUGAUCAAAAGGGAAAUGAAGCUCCCUCUCCAGUCCUCCACUACUCCUCUACAGCUACUCUAUCAAAAUGACGUUGUGGACCCUGAAAUUGAGCCACAUCCUCUUCUCACACAAGUGCCGUUCUGUUACGGUUUAAAAGCCAAAUCCAAUCAAUAAAGAAGCAAAAAAAAGAAAUACAUUGAAGCAAGGACUGCAGAGGCAUAAAGACAUAAAGAUAUGAACACUAGAUCUUAAUGUCUCCUGGUCGGGGUUUGCCCCGAGUUCAGAGGUUUUGGUUUUGUUGUAUUUUUUGGACUAGUCAUUAGUCUCCAACAUUUACAACAUCUAUACGCGGGCAGAGCUGUCAUGUACACACCAGUUGUUUGUGUCACUUUUCUAACUUUUAUAUGGUUGGAGACAUUCAUCAUGUACAGAAAGAAGCUGCUAUUCCUUAUUUCUCUUAUGGUUGUAAUAUAGUUGAUAUCUAUAUAUAAAAAG